AUGCCCUUACCCUUGAGUGAGCAUGCUAGCCUUUAUGGUAAGAAAAAGGCCGAAGUGGUGAGACAACUGCAUGAGAAGGCACGAGCAAACAUUGAGAAACGCACGGAGCAAUUUGCCAAACAUGCAAACAAGGGACGUAGGCAACUACUGUUCGAACCAGGAGACUGGGUGUGGCUACACAUGCGCAAGGAGCGUUUUCCUGAGAAGAGGCUAAGCAAGUUGAUGCCCCAUGGAGAUGGGCCCUUUCAAAUCCUUGCCAAAGUCAACGACAACGCCUACCAACUUGACCUUCCAGGUGAGUACGGUGUUAGCUCUACUUUCAAUGUUGCUGACUUACUUCCAUUUGAUGUAGGUGACGACUUCGAUUUGAGGACAAAUCCUUCUCAAGAGGAGGGGAAUGAUGAGGAACCACCAAGACCUCAAGUCGUCACUUCACAAGGCUCGAGUACGAAUGAUCUACAUGCACCAUCAAUAAACCCUAGACCAAUGACUCGAGCAAGAGCAAGAAAGAUGCGUGAGAACCUCCAAAUUGUUCAUACACGCAUUGGAAGGAUUCAAGAGGCUAAACACAUGAUGGUGAGCCUACUCCAAGUCCAUGAAGAAGCCUCAGAUUACUAG